AUGGCUGUUGGUGGCUUACCGAGAUACCCGGAAACCCCCGAAAUCCUCAGGGGGAAGGAACGAUACAACUUCCCCAAUCCAAACCCGUUUGUGGAGGAUGACAUGGAUAAGAACGAAAUCGCCUCUGUGGCAUACCGUUACCGCAGGUGGAAGCUGGGUGACGACAUUGACCUUAUUGUCCGCUGUGAGCAUGACGGUGUCAUGACAGGAGCCAACGGAGAAGUGUCCUUCAUCAACAUCAAGACCCUCAACGAGUGGGACUCCAGGCACUGCAACGGCGUUGACUGGCGUCAGAAACUGGACUCUCAGAGAGGUGCCGUCAUUGCCACGGAGCUGAAGAACAACAGCUACAAGCUGGCCCGGUGGACCUGCUGUGCUUUGCUGGCCGGAUCCGAGUACCUCAAGCUCGGCUACGUGUCCCGGUACCAUGUGAAAGACUCCUCACGCCAUGUGAUCCUGGGAACCCAGCAGUUCAAGCCCAAUGAGUUUGCCAGCCAGAUCAACCUGAGUGUGGAGAACGCGUGGGGCAUCCUGCGCUGCGUCAUUGACAUCUGCAUGAAGCUGGAGGAGGGCAAGUACCUCAUCCUCAAGGACCCCAACAAGCAGGUCAUCCGGGUCUACAGCCUGCCCGACGGCACCUUCAGCUCUGAUGAGGACGAGGAGGAGGAGGAAGAGGAGGAGGAAGAGGAAGAGGAAGAGACUUAAACUGGACGGUGAUGUGGACCUGGAGCUGCAAUUCCACUGAGCCU